CCCCAGCACCGGAAGAGAACCCGGCAAGCAUUCCAAAGCGGUUGAGUUUCCGGGCCUGUCAAGAUGGCGGCGACCGGCGACGGCGAGGAGCAGGAGGAGUUGGCGGCGGAUUGGUAAGGGAGCGGUUCGGCCUUCUGUGUCCUCCUUUCUCUCUAAGCUGAAGGCAGAUGAGCAAAUGGCUGGCAUACCCCCCCCCCUCCUCCUCUGUUUUCUGUAGCCCAGGCCAUCUCAUCACGAAGGAAUUUUUUUGUUUCUUCGUUCGUCUUGUUCUUAUCUAAUGUUCGACAUGUACGAUGUGGUUCGUCAUCUUCCUGGGUCUCGUCACAACAGGGAGUGAGCUAGCACACGGUCCCCCCGCCCCCCGCGCGCUAUUUCUGAGGGUAGGGGGCUGAGAGAGAAAGGCAGCGCCCAGUAGCCGAACAAGCAGCGAUAUGAAUCUUAUAUCCAAGCCAAGUGCAAAAUCCACUCCCUGGGCCAAUCCUGUUCCUCCUCGCCCUUUGGUCUUCUAGCAGGGUUCGGUUUUUUUUUUUGGUUUUUUUUAUAAACUCCUUAUGAAAAACUGUAGAUAGAGAAAUAAAUACCUUCUCUUUACCGCACAGUUACCUGGCUAGAAGCAUAUGCCAACUGAGAUCUCUUCUCAGUCAGCUGCUGUUAUGCCACUGGUUCCUUAUGGAUAUUAUGAAAAAAUACUCCAUGCAACAAUCUCACUCUCGGUUAGUAUUACAGCUGUGUUUCUGCCCUUUGCAGUAUGGAGCUGUGUCAUUUUUCAGCCACAGAAUCAAAACAGAAAGAGAAUGACAGCCUUUCUCAAGCAUGGUAAACUACCCACUGUUGUGGGAAUUGUGUGUAAGGUAAAAUUCUGAGAAGUAGCAAGAGAGAAAUGUUUUUGUGGUUUUCAUUAUCACUGGCAGCAGCAAAGGUCUGCUAGUUUAGACUUUGUGCCCCUUCACAAGUGCCUAGCCUCUUAAGCGUUUUAGUGGCAUUUUUAAAAUUCAGGUUAUUAUGUUGGAUUGCCACAAGAUGUCAGCAUUUACAAAUGGGUUACAUGACCCCCAAAACCUAAGUUAAUGUAGGAGUCUAAUGUGGUGUGUGCGUUAUUUGUUCUUCUUGAACACGGAUUUGCCUGCCAUGGUGAUACUCUAAAGCAGUUUUGCCCUGGUGGGCUAGAUCUUUAUCUCUCCCACCCUAAUGGGCCAAUUUUGAGAAGUGUGUGGGACCACCUACCUGUCAAUCAUUUGGUGACAUAUUGAUAUCAGGUGAUUGACAGAUGGAUUGUUCCAACCUACUGUCAUUGUUGGCCCUGGGGGAGAAUUGAACUCCAUUUGCAUCAGCUGAUGCAAGAGAACUCUCUAUCUGUUUCUGUCCUGCUCUGUACAUACUGGGAAGUGCCAGUCCAGUCCCAGCAGGAAGAGGCUGAUGUGCUUGAUCUGAGCUGAAUUGAACUUCCUGAGCAUCAGCUAAUGCAUAGGAGUUCAAUCCUGAUUUCUAUCUGCCCCACGCAUAACAUCAUACAUGAUGGACAGGAGAAACCUGAGGAAAUUAGCCUUAUAUAUCAUAUGAUUUAUUUUUUUUCUUACUCAGGACUCUGCCUUCAGAAGUGGAAGUCUUAGAGUCCAUCUACUUGGAUGAGCUACAUGUGUCUAAAGGAAACGGAAGGUAAUUGCAACCCUAACCCUAACCCUUUGCUGGUUUUUUGUUUUAAAGUAUUGGUCACUCCUGUGAUCUUGCAUAUGUCAUUGUGGAACUUGAUUCCUGGUUUAGAAGACUGUACCCUGUUUUUGGAUUAGACUACAGUGUCCUGCACAAACUUGGAAUGAAUUGCAACCCCUGAUUCAUGUUUGUUAAUUUCUCAAAAUAUUAGUCACUUCUUUUUUCCCCUCCUUGUAUUUGAUACUACCAUUCUGAAAUAGUUAUCUUUGUAAGAAUAUGGGGUGGGGAGAAUGGAAGGUCUGCAUUAUGCCUGCUUCAAUCUUCUUUCAGCCUGAGAAAGGAAGGAAUAACAACCCACCUGCAUUAUCUCUCCUGUUCCAUCUUCCUUUCAUUUGACACCAGACCCUCACUUGAGCCUUUCUUCAACCCUAGGUCUGUGCCGUGGGAAAUAUCUAUCACCCUUCAUCCAGCAACUGCAGAGGACCAGGAGUCUCAGUACGUCUGCUUAACCUUGGUGCUAUCCGUGCCUCUUCAGGUAAAGCCUUGUAUGACCUGAGUGACUGUUUUGCUAUAUAGCACUUUAGCAUGGCUGUACUACUCAUUUUGACUUGGCUUUGUUUCUUAUUAGUAUCCAAAUGAAGUGCCAAAGAUAGCCAUCCAGAAUCCUCGAGGGCUGUCAGAUGAGCAAAUCCAAAAGUAAGUGUAUUAUGCAAACUCUUUCCAGUUCAGUGCAAGAAGUAAGGUUUUCUUUGUUUCAGUCUGUCACACUUUUAAUGGAAAGUGUGGGGAGGUGGGAGCUUCUUUAUAUUGUGUUCCACCUGCCCAAUGAUCUUAUGUGGAAUAUGUAUUAUGCAGCUGUUCUCAUAAUUUAGAGCUGUGCUGUGUAGGCUGUUGCUAUGUUACUAACAUUGGGAGCAUGGGGAAUGAGGUUACAAACAAGACUGGAAGUUCUAAUCAUGUAUGCAACAUGUUUGGGUACAUAUAAAUUAAUUAUGGUGUUUGUGUGUAAAAUUGGCAUUGGGAGAAUACAUGUUAAAGGAGAUCUUUCCCUUAAAAGUUAUUGAUAGGUGGACAAAAUUAAGAGAUUAGAGGCAACGCAUCUUGGUACAUUACUGUAUCAGAAAUGCAGCAUCUUCAUCCAAAACAAAGUCCCAGCUUCUGUGGCUCUUUACACGUGGCUUACUAGAACCUGCUUUCCCUUCCCCUAGAAGGGCUUCAAGCUGCUUUUUCAAUUUCAGUCUGGUACCACUUCCUUCUAAUUUGUACUGAAGUAGCUACUGUGUCAGAUGAGAUACUGGGUGAGAGGCUGGCGCCCAUCCUGUGUUGGUGUUGAGAUUACUAUUGCAAGUGGCUGAUUCAGCCACUCCAGUUCUUGCCACCUCACUUCCCUGGACAUCUAUUCUAGCCUUUCUCCUUACCCUGCCCCCUUUUUUGCCUCCAUUUUAGGAUUUCCCAGACACUACAAUGUACUGCUGAGGCCCAGCUGGGUACAGCUAUGUUAUAUGAGCUAAUAGAGGUAAGAGAACAGAAAGGGGAGGCAGGCUGUCCAGACCUAUGGCUUGGGCUGUUGCGCCUUUAUUGUGUGAAAUGACAAACUGACCCUCUCUGUCUUCACAGAAGGGAAAGGAAAUUCUUACAGACAACAACAUCCCUCAUGGGCAGUGUGUGAUUUGCCUGUAUGGUUUUCAGGUAAGGGCAUGCUGGAUUGGCAUAUUGUUUUCAUUUGUGGGGAGCCAUAGGGAAUAAAAGCACUAAUAUAUGGAAGAAUGAGGUGAAGCUGGGACUCACUCAAAAAGGAAGGAAGAGGGAAUGGGAACUUGUUGGGAUGUCUCUAGAUCCCUCCCUAGUGCUGUGUUGCAUUCUGUUCUGCAAAAGUGUGUGCAUGUGUCCCCACAGUGGGAAGGGGAGUAACAGUGGGAAUGGGGUGCAAAAAGCCCCUGUUAAUGUGAUUGUUUGAAUCUGAGCCAGCAUCCACAUAUAUUACAUAUGAAUUGAAUUGAAAUUGGAUUGAAUGGGAAUUAUUAUUUCAAUGUAUGCUGAAAACACACAGUGUAGCUGAUUUAUAUUAAUAGGAAUCUGUGCCUUCCCCUGUGCAGGAAAAUGAAGCUUUCACUAAGACACCAUGCUACCACUACUUUCACUCACGUUGCCUUGCCAGUUAUACAGAGCAUAUGGAGGAAGAAAUCCGUGCAGAGAGGAAAGAAAGAGUACAGCUUUUGGCACCUCCUCCCAAAGAGGUAAUAGCUCCUUGCGUGCACCCCACAGCUGCUUCUAGAACUUCACCAACUUUUUCCUCCAGGAAUGGCUUCUGAAUCUGGAUCAGUAUUUCCAGUUCAUUUUGGUUAUUAGUUACGGCAUUGAGAGCUGUGGACAAGAUUUUCCCAGAUAGAUGUUGAAAUGGUUUUCCAUGGUUCAGUGCUGUGCAUACUUUCGCAUUUGCAAGUUAUUUUGUCUACAGAGAACAAAAUGUUAAGUGAUGUGUAAAGUCUGGGAAUCUAGUUAAAGACCAGAGGAGAUGGUCAACAUAUCUUCCUUUGCUUCAAAUACUAAAGAACUGGGGUUCUGUAGAUAAAGGCAAUCUUCACAGCUGCAGUACAAGUGACCAAAAAGUAUACUCACAUUAUAUCUUCUUGAACACCUGUAUUGGUGUGUUUCCUGGUGGAAAAGAUUGUGAAUGGACUUCAACAUACACAAAAAAGUUUUGCCAAGAAACAAAAGUUAUCUUCCUCCACUCCCAAACAGUAGAAUAGUUCUGAGGGCAGGGUUGCUAGUGGUGAACCUUCACUCAGAUAAUUUUUGCACUAGCUUUGAUGCAAGUUGUGAUUGCAUUAGGAAGGCCCAGUAGCGGGCCAAUUGGUGCCAAAGAAGGAUAGAGUUUUUUUCAUGUAUGCUACAACAGCAGCAAGAAUACUCAUCGCAAAGCACUGGAAGACACAAGACCUACCUACCAGGGAAGAAUGGCAGAUGAAGCUGAUGGACUAUAUGGAAUUGGUGGAAAUGACUGGUAGAAUCCGAGACCAGGGAGAAGAGUCGGUGGAAGAAGAUUGGAAAAAAUUCAAAGCUUAUUUACAGAAAUAUUCUAAAAUUAAUGAAAGUUAGAAAGAUGCUGGAAAGAAGUUAUAUGACUUUAGUAGAAAUAUAAAGAAUUAAGUAUGAAUAGAUUGACAUUGGGUAAAGAUGUAAAUUUAAGUUUAAAAUUUCGUUAAAUUAAAUUAUGGAACUAAAUUUGUGAAAGAGGGAAAGGACUUGCUAGAAUAUUUAAUUGAACUAGAAUACAAAAAAGGAGGUGUGAGGAAGUCGAGGAAAUAAGCUAAUGAAAGAUAAGGAUAUGAAAAUAUGGGGUUCUUUUGUAUGUUUGUUUGUUCUCUUUUGGGUUCCUUUUUUAAAUGCUUUUCUUUUCUUUUCUUCUUUUUGUAUUGUUGAUGUUUUGUAUUGCUGUAUUUGAUUUUGUUUUUGAGGCUUUGCAACUGUUUAUGGUUUAUAUUUUCUUUUGUUUUUCUUUUCUUUUUUGUAAUGUUUAAACUUUAAUAAAUAUUUUAUUAAAAAAAAAAAAAGGAAGGCCCAGUAACAUCUUAUAAAAGAGAACGCUUUACUGAUGGAUGUUUAUAGAAUGGAAUUAACUAAAUUCCCAGGAGGCUUGGAUGAUGAGCUCAGAAUCCAGGCUGCCCCAUGACCCUUGUAGUCAAACUGCACAGCACUCUUCUGCCGAUAACACUGUUGUUGAGUGCUAGAGCUCCCCAGGAUGAGUAGCAGUUUAUCAGGAAAAUACUACUCUCUUAAGACACACUGGCGGAGUAUGAGAACAGUAGCUGUAUAUCCCAUGACUAGGUCUAACCAAGGCUGAAUUUUGUUGUUAUUACCUUCUGUACAGGAAUUUGAAGUGCAGUGCCCUGUGUGCAGGGAGCCUCUGGUUUAUGAUCUUGCAACAUUGCAAGCAGCACCACCUCCACAGCAGCCAAUGGUAAGGAAACUUUAAAAACAGACCUUUCACAUGGACUUGCUGCUUUUUAAAAGAUGCACCAGGCAGGCACCCUCUUGCUUCACUAAUCUCUCUCACUUAUUGGAUCUGUUGGGCAACCCCAUUUCUCCAAAUGAGCUCUGUUAAGUGUUAUUUCCAAAUAAUCAUAUACCUGGUGCUCUGUAUGCCUGCAGGUGGCUAUGAGUUCUAACAUUCUUGUCAAUUUUUACUUCUACACCAGGGAGAGGAAAUUAUUUUCAGCCAGGGAGCUGUCUUCCUUUCUAUUCAACCUUCCAGGGGCCACAUAGGAAUUUUAUUGUUUGUAUAGCAGGCUAGUUUCACACCCCUUCUUCAUUUAGGCAAAAAGUAUUAACAGAGUGAAACAACAGAUAUAUUCAACCCGUGUCUUUUCUUCCCUGUUACACAAUAGGUAGUACAUUUAGUUGUGUUUAAAAAUACCAGCUUAGGUUCUAACUAAGAAUCCUCUGGGAGGAGCAUGCUGUGAGUGGAGUUUUACUAAUGAGAUGCUCUUGCCUGUGUAAGGAGGUGGGAGGCUGCAUUUUCCCCCCAGUCUUUCUCUCUGCCUGCCCCCCGGCAGCCCCUUUGCCCAUCAGAUCUGGAGGGUUGAGAGACCCAGAAGGCUCUGUUUGGGCCAGCCAUCUAAUUACAUGCCUCUCUUUCCUCAGGAGGUGUACCAACCUGACACACAGACACUGCAGCACAGAGAACAACUGCGCCUGAUCUAUCAGAAGCAGCAGGAGAAAGGAGGCAUCAUUGACCCUGAAGCAGAAAGAAAUCGCUACUUCAUCAGCCUGCAAAAGGUUAGCACAGGCAGCAGGAGUACAAAGAGGAUAACGGUCAUAGGGAAAGAAUGAAACAAUGGAGGUAGCAAUUUUUACUUGCUGAGACAUCUUGUCUUGUAGCACAAGAGAGAGCUUUGAUAUUUGCAUCCUAGUGCUGAUGACUUUUGUUGCUGGCAAUUUUGCAAGUUACUAUAGGGAAAGAUUUAAGCAGCAAAGCCUGGGGAAGACAGAUGGGGUGACAUCAAUAUAUUAAUUCCUGUGGGAUCUUUGCCACUCAGACUGAGAAUCAAGCCUGCUGUGUUUAUGCAUUUUCUGCCCUUCAUUUUGGUUUCUAUCCUUUUUAGCCCCCAGAUACCACUGAACAUGAACAAGUAGCCAUCUCAGAAAAUGUUCUGGAUACUGACAAGGAACUGAGGCCAUCAGCAGGCUCAGAACAUACCCAAGAAACUGCAGAGGCUGCUGUUCCAGUGAGGAAUGAACCUGAAAAACCAGAGAGACCUUCUGUCCCUUUGCAUUUCCAUAGCAAGAGAGAGAGGACUCGAGAGGAGAAACCAUCUAUACAAGGCCCUGGCUGGCAGCUGCGCUACAAGUCACUGGAGACACCAGCAGAAACUCAUUGUCUUCUCACUGUUGAGGGAAAAUCCAGAACCUUCAGUAGAAGACCCAACUGGAGAAAGGAGAGGGGACAGCGAAGCUGUGGGAGGUACAAUCAAGACUUCUCAAAAUCUUGCAGCAGAGACCAAGUGUCUUCACUGGUGGAGAAAAAAGAGCUGCGCACCAGAGGAAUCUCACCAACCAAAGAGGGAAUGUAUUUGAGAGAGGAGAAAAAUGUCGUGGGGAAAUGGACGCAGGAGCAGAAAAGUCAAGCCCAUGACAGCGAGGAAGUAAACUUGGAGGUUAGCCAUAAUGAGCUCAGGGGGUCGGCCAAGUGGCAGGGUCGCCGUGGGAUGCAGGAUUGUAGGCAGUGGGAAAAGACCAAGGGCAGAGAACAUGGAUCUUAUAUUAAAGUGCCAAGAGGCCGAGGACGCACCACAUUGAACUCAAGGAGAGAGCUGCAGAGCCAAGAGACUGAGGAUGGCUCCUAGCAGGCAGGAGUUGAGGCUUGAGGGGCUUUUUCUAGGGGUGAACACUGGUGAUUUUGUUGUGCUGUCAACCAUUGGCCUGGAUUGUAAGGAAAAGCAGAUCUGUCUUGAAAUUCUCCUCUUGGCCAUGGGCGGUUUAUGUCUUGCAGAGUAGGGGUAUAUUGUCCUCAGAGAUCAGAAUUACUGUCUGUGGACUGUAGUAAAUAACUGAAUAAUAAAUGGUAGCCAGAUGCUAUUGCCCAUGGGUAAACUGUAGGAUCUUACAGUGAAUCAGCGCUGUGUAGAGGACUGUUUGAAGCUGAAUCACUGAACUAAAAGCCAAGUUUGAAAAAUAACUAUUAAGUAACCCUGUUCUAAAAUAGGUGCUAAAAAUAGAAGGACCAUAAGGGAGUACAGGUCUCCUUGUUUACUGUCCAGAACUAUGGAGAGGACUUGCCAUUAAUAGUGUCACUAUUUUUAGACAUGCCUUAUUGAUGGUAUUGGCAUAUGUGAAAAGAGUGGACUUGAAUCAACAUUGACUUGGCGGCUGUUGACCACAGAGGGUUCUUUAAGCCCCCCAACUGUGGCUAGACUGAAUGUUGGAGUCUCCCACUGCCUCAUUGUAAUUGGCUAAUGUUCAGUAGUGAUUGACCUUGAACUGCAAACAUCAAACAUGCCUAUUCUAAAGGGCCUUUAAAUUAUAAGAAGUCCAACUCCUUACUCACCCAGUAGUUGGAUUUGAAGCAACAAAGGCUUCAGCUCCAGGUACACCAAGGCUCUUGUCUUUGCCUGUUUUCACAAAUGUGAUAUCCUGCAAUGGUUUACUAACUGUAAUCCUGUCCAGAGUUCACGUGACUUAUGUUUUGGGUCUUAUCAUCUUUGAUUCGAGCCAAAUUUGGUUUCGUUGGGGUGAGAAGUCUCUCAUGCUCAAAUGGCUUUCCCCUCCUAACCUUAUGGCUUUGUGUAUGUGCAUUCACCCACACACCAUUCAAGAACAGCUCUACUCUCCAUUUGGGAGGGUAAUACCAAUGUACCUACCUAUUUUUAGGCUACACAGUCCCUGUCAUCUCCCUCAGCAAAAUGCAGCCUUGUCUUCAUGGGUAUUUCUGCUCAGAGGAGGAAUCUCUAGCAAUAUGGAGUACAUGUGGCCACUAUGCAGACAUUUCAAACAGACUUUCCUCCACUUGUAUUUCUAUUUUGUCACAUAUUUAUGGCCUUCCUCCCCCCACAACAAAUUUUACCCUAGGCUGUGUGAAAGUUCCCAAGCUGCUUAAAUUCCUUAUAUGUCUGCAAAAUGUCCCCCCCCCACCCCUCCCCAAGUGAAGCUUUGCCAGACUUCAUAAUUUUCCUUUUCUGCUUAGCCACAGUAACAUUGUAGAUGUGUGACAACUUUACAGAGCACAGUGGCCAAAAUGACCUUACAAUAGAAGUGUGACUGAUUUUAAACCAGUUCAUGCUAGAGGCUAAAGGAUGUCAUUACUUAUUUGCAUGCAUGCACAUAUACCAGUUUGAGCAGUUCUGCCUAUUAAAAGGAUUGAUGUGAGAUUGAUUUACCUCCCUGCACUGUGGUGAGGUGGAAUUUGUGGUGAUGUGAUGCAAAACAGGAGUAUUAAAAGCAAUUUGAGUAAACCAAUCUAUGAUUCUCUUUCGUGGAUAAGGAACAUAGCUGCUGUGCUGCAUGUGAUGAGACCAUUCAACAUUAGAAACCAUCUAAAAAGAGGCAGGGAGGUAAUAACCUAUGACCCAAGUAGUUUAGCUAAAAUGAGGAACCUUUUGAUUAUAAAUUAAAAACAAUCGGGUUCUAAUCUUUCUGUUGGAUUCACAUUUUCUUUUUCUUUUCUUUUUUUUUGUAAACUAUUCUUCUAAGGAGAAAGGCUGCUUCAUUUUGCACCACUUGAAACUUCUGAACAAUAAUGAAUGGUAGCCUACAUAGAAUAUAAAACAUGGGUAACACAGUAUCUAGAUCCUGAUUGGCUUUUCUGGACAGGGUUAUAAUACCGACAUAGGUCCAGGUCCAGGAAUACCUAAAAGCUAUACAUCUUAGGGACUUGGGUCAUAAAAACUGACCCAAAGGGGCUAAUUGGUGAGCAAAGUGCAUAUAGCUCCUGUAGUGUGCAUUAGGUAAAAAAAGAAAGAGAAGGUAAGAGCUGGAUGACAAGCUACUUUAUUAGAGUACACAAACUGUUCAUUUGAUCUUGGAUGGAUUAUUUCAGAUUACCUGUUAAACUGAGCAGUCUUCCUGAUUUGCUUGAACCAAACAUAUGCAGAUAUACAAUGUCUGACUCUGCCCUACUGAGCAGCCAUCUUGAUCUGAAGGGAGGUUAUACAAUGAUGAACACUCAUCCUGAUGUAUGGAGGUUAUAUGUAUUUCCAUCGUUUAUACCACACUUUUUCAUGCAUUUCCCAAAUUGCAAAAAGUCUGGUUUUUAAAAGUGGAUUUUGUUGCAGCAAAGCACUUAUUCUACUUAAUUGUAUAGACUUAUUUUUCUGAUAUGCAACUGAAUCCCUUCAAAAUGUGUAAUGGGAGGGUGCCAUGUGAGAGGUAUGGUAGAAGAGAGAGAUGAACGUGCUCAAAACUGGAACAGGAGCCAAGCAAAAGACAAGUAGGAAGGGAUGAGGCUGGGAAAUAAAGGGACAAGAGGAGCAAUGGAGUGAGGGUACCAUGUUGUGGGACUGAAGGUGAACAAAAUACUGUUUGCCCCAUUUGCUCUCUAGGACUGCUGAGAUCCUUAAAAAAUAGCCAUCACUAUUAACAAGUGUUUGAUUAUAGGGCAUACACAGCGUACUCAUGGAGGAAACAGCUCCUUUUUUUUCAUUCUGACAUCCUUGGUGAAUGGCUGUGCCUUCUUUGAGUAGGUCUCAAGGCUACUGGAUCUGUGCUGUUGAUCACAUCCUCUGCUUGACACUUUCCCCUUCUAUUGUUUUGCUGUCUCCUGAUAGUUCUGCCUUCCUUUUUACCAACUGCUCUCGAUCCUUUGAGGACUCUCGCCCUCAUUUCAUAAACCCACCCUAUUUUCUUCCAUCAUGUCCACAUCCAGCAAUUUCUUUUAUAAAAUCUCUGAAGUGCAGGAUCUGUUUCUUCCUGAACUUUCCUAGUCUUUCCCAUGCUUUCGCCUAUUUGUCUGUGAUAUAUUAGAGUUACUGUCCCACCCACAUGCAUACAAUAAGUUGAUGACUGGGUUAAAACUAAUACCUCAAGUAUCUUCUCUCUCCACCCCCACCCCCCAAUGUAUGAAAGAACAAUUCCCCCUUCCAUGUUUUGCUGUUGUAACAUUGGCAAGAAGAGCAAGUGCUGUUUCACACCUGGGUGUUGCUAUAAAUAGAAGUGGAACCAUCCGCCUCAGUGGCACUGACAGUACGUCCUAACCCAGCUUGCAUGGAGAACCUCAUUGUAACCAUUAAUUCAGAUCAAACAGACUUGGGAAUUGUUAGAGAUCUGGCAGUUAUGUUCACAGUAUACAUAGCUUACUGCAAGGGUCCUUCUCUAUUUAAUAUUAAUGUUGCACACACACACACAUAUUUGUUGUUUGUUGUUGUUUAGUCGUCUCCGACUCUUCAUGACCCCAUGGACCAGAGCACGCCAGGCACUCCUGUCUUCCACUGCCUCCCACAGUUUGGUCAACUCAUGCUGGUAGCUUCGAGAAUACCGUCCAACCAUCUCGUCCUCUGUCGUCCCCUUCUCCUUGUGCCCUCACUCUUUCCCAACAUCAGAGGCUUUUCCAGGGAGUCUUUUCUUUUCAUGAGGUGGCCAAAGUAUUGGAGCCUCAGCUUCCGGAUCUGUCCUUCCAGUGAGCACUCAAGGCUGAUUUCCUUCAGAAUGGAUAGGUUUGAUCUUCUUGCAGUCCAUGGGACUCUCAAGAGUCUCCUCCAGCACCAUAAUUCAAAAGCAUCAAUUCUUCAGCGAUCAGCCUUCUUUAUAGUCCAGCUCUGACUUCCAUCCAUCACUACUGGGAAAACCAUAGCUUUAACUAUACGGACCUUUGUUGGUAAGGUGAUGUCUCUGCUUUUUAAGAUGCUGUCUAGGUUUGUCAUCACUUUUCUCCCAAGAAUCAGGCGUCUUUUAAUGAUCAUCUGCAGUGAUCAUGGAGCCCAAGAAAGUAAAAUCUCUCACUGCCUCCAUCUUUCUUCCCCUUCUAUUUGCCAGGAGGUGAUGGGACCAGUGGCCAUGAUCUUAGUUUCUUAAUGUGUGUGUGUGUGUUUAAUUUUUAUUUGAUUUUACGAUACAAAAUUAUAAAAAAGAUUUAAAUAUAUAACCAUAUACAGAGAUUCUUCCAAAUCUCAGGACUUCCCUCCACCCCUUCCCUGGAGUCCCAUUUUAAACAUUUAAAACUGCGUCUUCUGCCAUACUCUUAUUAUAUCAACCUAUAUUUUCCAUGAUAAUUGUACACUACAAGUGUAAUCAAAAUCCUGCCCUUAAUGCUGCAUAUAUACUUGGGAGUGGGACUUCUCAGAAAACAUGCAGGGGGUUAUGCUGCAUGUGUGGCUGUUAAUUCAGCAAGAGCAAAGGGGCUCUUGUAUCCCUAUAAAUAUAUCUCUUAACAGUCUGCAGUCACUUGGGAAUCUGGUCAAGUGCUAAGGUGUGUACCUUACCAUACGGUGCCUACAUACGACUGCUUUUCCAUGUGAUUACAGGCACCAUAUGGUCAGCCUUAAAGUAGCCACCAUGUAGUUCCUGGUAGUCUGAAUCCAUUCAAGAGAAAGAUCUCUGUUGUUAAGGCUCCUCCCGAUGUCCUUUUUAUUCCACGUUCAUGAUGAUUUCUGCUCAUGAUGCUAUCGAAGUGAUCAUGUGUAACUUUUCAUACCACAAAUGUGUUUGGGGCUGGGGCCGAGAAAGGCAUUGCCCCACUUUUAUUGCACUGUAGCUCCUCCAGACAGCAAUAAUAAGGUAGCAUUGGGAAGCAUCACAGAACAACUGAUAAGCAGAGUAAAUAAUUCCCCACCAAUGCACUAUUAUUGUGGCAUGAACAUAUUGAACACAUUACUGAAUACAACUACAAUAAAACACCAGUCUGGAGGAGGGACCUUUGGCAAAAGCAUCAUCAUUUGAAAAAAGACAUACUUUCCAAUUUAUAUUACAUAUCAUGCAUGUAAUAUUAUUGAAUUAAACAAAUAAGUCACAACCAGAUAAAUGCAUAAAAUCUUUUCUUGUAUAUCUAGCAUCACGACAGAAAUCUAAUCCAAGUUUCUUAUCCCUGUUUAAAAAUAGGAUAAUAACUGGCAUUUGAACUUCAUUUUUUUCCAGUUUAAGGAGGCAGGAGAGAUUUAGCGUGGGGUGCCCAACUAUAGCACACACAGCCAUCAGCUUUAGUCAUUUAUUUGUUCAAUCCUAAUUGCACACAGAGGAGGUAUUCAUUUGCAAGCAAGAUCAAAGAUACAUAUGCAAGCAAGAUGACAGAUGAUAAAAUUUUGUCCCAUCCCUGAGGCCAUUCAAAUCUGGAUCAUACUGUUCAUCCUCCCAUCAACUUCCCUGCUAUAAAGUAUGCACAACCCACAGUGCAAACAUCACAUACUCCAGUGAGGAUGAAGGCAAUUCUGCAACAGCUGCUCUGUGUGGCUUCCUUUGUAAGUAUCUACUUCAAUAGCUUCUGGCUGACCUGGGGUGGCAAGACCUAGCUACAUCGUAGAGGAUGAGGAGAAUCAUCUUUUGACUUUCCAUAAAGCUAACAGAAUGAAAAACACACAUAAAAAUCCCUGUUGAAAAAACAUCUGCCCAGACAUGAUAUACAAGGCAAAAGUGAUAUUUACUGAUAAUGAAAUACUAAGACAAAUAAUAACGGGGACUAUAUGUGUGCAGAACAAGGGAAAGAAGCUGAAGGAAUACUGUAUGUAGCAAGUAACCAAAGAACAAGUAGUUAAAAUAUUAAAAAUAUAAACUUACACUUCAUCUAAAUGAUAGUGAAGUUGAUACCUGGUGGAUUUCCUUGAGGAGGGAAUCAUACAGAUAGGAUGGUACAGCUGAUCACAUCUUCUCUCUGGCCAGCACCCAUCUCAUCUCAGGUGUUAAGGGCAUACUGAGGAACAUCUCAUCAGGUGACCUUUGCAUCUAGGCAGGAGCUGUUGUCUCUUUGGAGAUUUGAUAUAUGUGAUUUGAUAACUGAGGUGUUCAUAAUCUGAAAGAAGUAGCUGCAACUCUUACUGAGCGAUGUUAGAAACAACAAGCCGGCAUUUCACAAUUUUUUCAAAGGAGAAUUGUGACUGAAGUCACAGAACUCAGCUGGCUAGCAUUUAUUUAUACAUUUAUUAGCAGAUAAAAGCAUUCCUGAUUUCUCUUGAAGCAUGUGCGUUUAUUCGUCCAAUUCUUUUCUUCUUUUUAAACAUCGCAGCCAGGCUCGCUCCUGAAAGAAGCUGACAGGGAGCUCCGAGCUUGCCCAAGGGCUUUCCACCAAGUGCCUCUCACCCCCUCCUUCAUCCGAACUCGGGGGUGAAUUAUGGCAACAGCAGGUGAGGCAGUGUCUUUUCAUUCCCUGAAAAGAUGAAGGGAGGCUGAUGUACUCCCCAUAUCAGCCUCUAAUUACCUCUUGCAAGCUGGACAAGAUGUUAUUAGCAGCCAUCUUUCAAGGCGCCCCUAGUGGCCCCCCCACCAAGGUAACUCUCAAGUAUAAUAUAGUUGUCUAAAACAGCAAAUUGGAUUAUAUUUGUGUUUAACUCUUGCAGUCCUAUUCUGUGAUGUUUACUCAAGAGAUGGGGAGAAAUUAGAUUCAGUUUGCAUUUAAAGGUGCAACUAUCAAAUUCACAUUCACCAUAACACGGCCAUCUUUCAAAAUUUACACUUGUCCAAAUUUUGUGAUGUGGUUCUCCAACUAAUGUUUUUAAAAAUGUGUAUAUUAGGAGAAAGUGUGCAUACAAUGUAUUACUGAAAAUAACAUGCAAAAAUAUUGGGGGAAAUGCUUGAAAAAUGUGUACAUUAGUCAAAACUUCAUACAAAUAUCUGUUUGUUAGGAGCAAUGCUUAAAAAUGAGGAUUUUUUUAAAUUGAAAAUUAAUGAAGCUGUCAACAUUAGGUCCAUUAAUUUCCAUAGGUCUACUCUGAAUAAAUCUUAGUUGAAUACCACCCAAAGUCCUACUGCUCACAAUGACCAGGACAGAAGGUAGGAGAUGGUUUUUCAUUCUUUUUUGCUGCACCAUCUCCAGACUGAUGCAGCUGAGGGACACAAGGAUCACAGGAUCUGUCAAGCACUGGAUCAGGGGAUCUGUAGAUCCAAAAGAUCUGAACCAACAAUGCCCUCUCUUGAAUAUUGUACUUUGGUACUUGCUUCUGGCUGCCACCAGCAGGAGAACCACCAGUGUCCUAUGGGAGAGCCAUCCCAUCUGCUAGGCCAAAACCUGAGUCGCCCACUGUAGUAGAGGCACCAACACCACCACCAACAGUCUCCUCUACUACCAGAGAGUCCACAAUGUACCUUCGUAAUCCUCCCCAGCCAUCAACAUUGGGUGUGUGUUAGGACUACACUGUUACUAAAAUCAAUAAAAACAGUAUUGUUCAAGCAUUCUAUUUUCUGUCACAGUGAGGUAUGGCAUAUUCUUUCUGCAACCCGUAUUUCUCCACACCCUUCAUUUAUUCUACUGAUUACUCCCACUGCUGACACUUGUUCCACUGCCAGGGCUGACUCUCCUAUAAGGCUGGGGGAGGGAGGUAGCUGCCUUGGGUGAUGGAAGCCCAGGAGUUGAUGCUCCUGUGGAGACCCCACCCACCCAACCACUCCACUGCUGGUGGAGAAACAGUAGUGGUGCUGGCUUCCAGAAAGAUCUCAUAAGAUCUUGCCAGAACCCACUGGUGCUGCUGCUUUGUGGGCAACAUGUUUCCAUUUUGCCUCAGGUGGAGAAACAGGGUGUACCACCCCUGCCCACUGCUUUUGGGAUUAUGAAUGGAGCCUGUCAUAUAAAUUUUACGUGGCUCCUUUUGUCCUAGGAUUGCAAACAUUCAUAGGUUAAAGAAAAUAACAAUUGGAGACUGAGAUCCAUGAAAUGUCACAUGUGAGGACAAACCUCUGGUCUCUGUCACCAAAAUUAUACAAAUUAGUAUUAGGAAAAAGAUACUUCUUAAAUUUAGGACUGAGGCGCGCUCAUCCUUGAGGGAAGAUGCUCAGAGGAAAGGUUAAAUUCUCCAUUAUUGUCCUUAAAUCAAAUAGAAUGUGACUCUAGACGUUUGAGUAAAGACAACUCAAGGUGCAACUGCUGAUCAGAUUUGUUCCAGUACUGUAUCCAUUAACGGCAUUUGUAUUUGGAUGCCAGAGAGGAGACUGCAAGAAUGAUUGACAGUACUUCCCCAGUCAUCCUUCACCCUUCCUACUUCCUAUCUACCUUACCAGGUCAUAAUCAAUGGUGGCCAUAUGCGGCAAGUAAUAGGCAUGAGGGAUGCAAGAGGUCAGUGUCUUUGCAGCGUAGAGCUCAAUGAUAUUAUCUUCCCUGUGCAAAAAGUGGAAGCAUUGGAGUCCAACUCCUACAACUUGACUGGAUUGCUACAGAAUCACUUGAACCAGGUAAGCAGCAGCUAUAUCACCAUGGAGUAGUAGUUAAAUGAUGCAAUGUUUGCGGUAUUCAAAUGCCUAUAAUUCCACAGUCAUGGAGGAUGAUAUAUAAAGUGAAAGCCACCACAGAAGUCUACUUGGUUGGAUUAUGACAGGUCCUCAAGGACUACUGUAGUGCGUACGUAUAUUUAUUCAGUUAUACAAAUAUCUAUAUUCUGCUAAUUCAUUAAGAAAUAUCAAAGAGGUUUGCAACAAUACAUAAAACCAUACAAUCAAAACUAAGUAAAAAACUUAUAAUCAGAUUACUAUAGUGGAAAGAUGUAUCCUUAAUUGCCUGCAUAAGCCUGAUGGAAUAGAAAAGUUUUCAGCAGGCAUUUAAAAGCUGAAACAGAAGAUGCCUGUAUCAGCUAUCUCCAAAAUACAAUGAAAAACACCUAUUUAUCUCCCCCAUUAAUCACAACGACAACUUUGGCCAGCAGGAAAUAAUCAAGCAGGCAUGAUAGCUGCUCCCACAGAAGUCUACUUGUGACCAUUGCAGCAGUCAUGUUGGCAACAACGAUGAGCAUAUUGGCGAAGUGGUGUGCACCCUGUCCCAGAAACAUUUUAAAUUAUAAAAAGAGGAGCUAUGCUGGAUCAGGCCAAAGGCCCUUCUAGUCCAGCAUCCUGUUCUCAUUGUGGCCAGCCAGAUGCCUGCGGAAAGCGCACAAGCACGACACAAGUGCGACAGCACUUUUCCCACGUGAUUCCCAGCAACUGCUUCCAACAGUGAUGAGAGAAUGUAAACAUUGUGGCCAGCAGUCACUGGUAGCUUUGUCCUUCAUGAAUUUGUCUCAUCCUUUUUAGAAGCCAUCCAAGUUGGUGACCAUCACUAUCUCUUGUGUUAGCAAAUUCCACCGUUUAACUUUGUGCUGUGUGAAGAAAUGCCUCCUACUGUUUGUCCUUGAUCUUCCAACUUUCAUCUUUGUUGGGUGACCCCGAGUUCUAGAAUGAUGAGAGAGGGAGAAAAAGGUCCCACCCUACUUCCUUUUUUUCUAAACUAAAAAGCCCCCAAACCUUUCCCCACAGUGGAGUUUCUUCAGUUCUCACUAUAUCUUUUCCAUUCCUCAGCUGCCUCAUAGGAGAGACAUAAAGGAUGCAGAGUCCACAAAUAUUCCACAGUACCUUCGCACAAUGUAUUUCAUUUUUGGUACCAGGUCUUGUCUUGUCUUCAUCAUGAAGUAUUGUAAUUUAGAACAGAUGAACAUGAAAACACCCAUAUAUGUACAACAUGCAACAACUUUACUUAAUCUUCUCUAACUGAGCAAGCUCACUGAGGGACUUGCUCUAUAGAUUCCGUUCAUCAUAAAGAUACAGUAACAUAUAUCAUCAGGGGUGCAUGCAAAGGGGGCUGCAGAAUAGGAGAGAGGAGGCGGCAUGGAAAUGGAGUGGUCCGUGUACAAGGGAGAGUUGAAAAAAGGAGGAAGGAGGUGGUAGGGGAAAGGAAGUGACGGUGAUAAUGGUAUGUGUGCAAAGGGGGCCUGCAGAACAGCAGGGAGGAGGAAAUACAGAAAUGAGGGUGGACUGUGUGCAAGAGGAAGUUGCGAAGGAGGAGGGAGGAAAAGGGGGCUUGCAGUAAAAAUGGGC